AUGGACUCUGGUUUCUUUCAAGUUUCAACACAACAAACCCACCACAGCAUCAACCCAAAACAAAGGAAGAAUGUCUCUGAGAGUUGCAGCAGCUGCUUCACGCAUACCAAGGCCCCAUAGCCAUAACCCACCAUUCCUUUCACUUUCCACUCUCAAAUUCCAUUUCCCACCUUCUCAUCUUCCACUUCCCACGCGCUCUCAGCGCUACAAUAUUCGAGCAAUAAGUGAGGCAACUCACGUGGAGCCUCAACUUUCUAAGAACCAACAGAAAGAGUCGCACAAAGAUUGGAAGAUUAAAAUGCUCUACGACGGUGACUGCCCCCUCUGCAUGCGCGAGGUGAAUAUGCUAAGAGAGAGGAACAAGAGUUACGGCACAAUCAAGUUUGUUGAUAUUAGCUCUGAUGGCUAUUCCCCCCAGGACAAUCAAGGCCUUGACUAUGAAACUGUUAUGGGAAGAAUUCAUGCCAUUCUCUCAGAUGGAACAGUGGUUACAGAUGUUGAAGCAUUUAGGAGAUUGUAUGAACAUGUUGAUCUUGGUUGGGUUUAUGCCAUUACAAAAUAUGAACCAAUUGCAAAAUUUGCUGAUUCCAUAUAUGGUGUUUGGGCUAAAUACCGUCUUCAAAUUACAGGAAGGCCUCCUAUAGAAGAAAUAUUAGAAGCUCGAAAGAAGAAGGGUGAAGUAUGCAAAGAUAGCAAUGCUUGCAAGAUGUGAACUUCCUUAAUAUCUGAUUCCAGAAGGCUCUUUAUGCAUGUCUUACAUUGUUACCAAAUUUGUUCCUCAUCAACUGAAGGCUGAAGCAGAUCUUUAUUGGUCUAAUUAUCAUAAAAGAAGCCAGCAUACGUUAAUGUCACAACAUUUUCCGUCUUUGUCGGCAUAUUUGAUAACCGUCUUCAAAAUUUGCUGCAAUGCAUCUGGCAUAGAAAUGAGUGUAAAUAAAAUAUACUAGUCUUCAAGAUUGUAUUGCAUGUCACCAGCGUCUGUUGAAUUACCAAUAUCUACACUUUGGUACUUUUGACAUCUGAGAUAGCAGUGACAUAUUAAGAAGUUUAUUUACGUGUAUAUAAUAAACACAAAAAGAUGAUACCUUGAUAUUGUCAAAGGAAAUAAGUGGACUUGCUUCAGUGAUGAUGUUCUCAAGUUAUCAUUAGUUGAUAUGGAUGUCAAAUUCAA